GCUCGGCGCUUCGAAUUCUCUCACGUUGAAGCCCUGAUGUGCGGCCAGCUACUUAACCCGCCUGCUGUACUGCUAUAUCGAAGAACUAGGACGCCACAUCGUCGUGCCUUGUGGCGGUGUCGAAGUGAAGCCGCGAAAGAAGGAAGGCAGCAAAACAAGGACAGGAGGCCCAGACCGAGCAGCAAUGGCUGCCGACGUGGCGGUGGCGCCUCACAACCGCAUCCCAAUCUCUGGCGGAAACAGCAGCGAAACGGUCAGCCCCAGUGCUUACAUGAGGCACAUAGACAGUGUGGUGACGCCAGAUUUCACCUCGGUCACCAACAGCCGGGAACGCUUCGUGGUGCUGGUGAUGAGCACCUUGCUCCUGCUCAUCAGUUGCACACUUUUCGCCGUCCUCUUUACGCUGCUCUCAGAUGACAUGUUUGACCUACCAACGGUAGUAGGUAAGCGUACAGGCUGUUUUAACUAUUCGUAUCAGUGCCCAUGAACAGUAUUAUGCUCGUUUUGGCAGUAUCGGUAGUUCUAAUGCAAAUUUACCAUCCUUGCGCAUGUAAUGCAACAACGGUCAAAAAUGUGUAUAUGCAAGAACAGCAUCAGGGGUUCGGGAGGAGCGCCUGAAGUGUUCUCGCUGUGCCGCUUUCUGAUAGAAUUCGGCAGAUGCUGAAUGUUUACACUCGUUUAACGAACCUCUACGUGGAAUGCUUCUUUUUCAGGGAUUUUACGGCUUGUUCUGGCUCAAUCUCUUCUCCUCCAUACCCUGCUUGCUAAACACUCACGCUGACUCUCUUUACAGGAACGUCGGCUAAGUCCCAGGAGGCGAUUGUACCUGGCCUUAUUUUUUUUUACCAGGCGCUGAUGGAGAUUGUUCGUGAGAUGAGAAAAGGACGUGAUUAUGAUUAUUAAAUAAAGCAUUAAAAAAGAACGCCAAUGUGUUCAUGCGCCUGU